ACUCCUCUCCUUUUUCUUACCUCUUUAGUGCAAAUUGAAAUAUAUGGAUAACAGGUUUAUACCCUGAAUUGCCAAUAUGUAAAAUUUAUAUCAUCUUCUACUCAUAUAUUGUGGGUCCACCCAACACCCAACACCUUAUUUCUUUUCGUUCCCUUGGACUCCACAUUACUAUGGCGAGCUCGACCGAUGCCUCUCAUGUGCUCACAGACUCCCCUGAUUUAUCAUCAGUUCUCUUGGAGGAGCUGACGCGGAUCGUAGCAGGAAAUGUAUAUCCCAGAACCAAUCCAAACUUCAUCGAGUACUCAAAGAUGUUCAAUGGCAAUGUCAAAACAGCCGCUAAAGUUGUCGUCUGCCCUCGUCACGCUCAGGACAUCAGCCAGACCAUCAUAUUCUGUAACAAGUAUUCGCUCUCUCUGUCCGUGAAAGCAGGUGGCUAUGGUACAGCUGGUUGGGCGGUCGGUGGCGACAUCAUUGUCGACCUCAGCAAGAUAGUUGACACCGACAUCGAAAUACCACAAAGUACUGGAGCCUUUACCAGUAUUCGUGACAUGCCUUCAAUAGGCAGUAAAGGAAAAAAUAGAGCGGGGCCAUCUAUGCAGGAACCAGCAAGCGGUAAACGACGAAGGGAGGACGACGUUAGACUGCGUGUCUAUGAUUCGGCUUCACAAGCCGUCGCUAGUUUCCUUCAGUCUCCAAGUUCCAAUUUUCCCAGCCCCUACGAGGAUCAACCUCCAUCGAAUUCCCGUCGUAGAUUGGGCGUGGAAGAUAUAACCUUCGAUUCACGCCAAAUUUCUACGAGCUCAUCUAAUUCUAGCGGUAGCCAAAGCUCUGGUAGUCAGAAUUCAGGCAACAGAUUCCCUGUAGCAGCUUCUCAUCUUUCGAAUCCAUUUGGAGGUAAUCUCUCCCCGCUAUUCCCUCGCCCUGGAGGAUCAACCUCAACAGGAGUGACGACGCCAUCGCCGCCUGGCGGGUCUAUUCAGAAAGCACCCGACGUCCAGGCUCCAUCUACCGCUGGUGGAGAUCCCUUUGGCUAUCUCAACGAUGGACCCAUCCGACCUCCACUGGCUCCAUCCAUAUAUCACUCGUUGGGACCUGCUGCCACUACAAUUUUCGGCAGUUCGACACUUCUCGACUCUCCGCAGAACUUGCUCACUCAUGCCACGCCCAUUCACCCCUUCGCACUCGUGACGUUCGGAGCUGGUAUGAGACAAAAAGAGAUUGACCAGUUCACCGCUGCCCAACCCUUGGAGGCCAUAUCUUUCUCAGGUGGGGCUGGUGUUGUGCCUUAUCACGUACCCUUCGCUGCUCACCCCGCUGGUUCUGCCAUCAUGGUGUUGGGGGGAUUCGGUUUCCUCGGUCGACUGCACGGAUUGAGUGUUGACAACCUUAUUGAAGCCGAAGUCGUACUAGCAGACGGUAGAAUUGUGUACGCUAGCGAAAGCGAGCAUUCAGAUUUGUGGUGGGCGCUUCGUGGUGCCGGCCCUGCAUUUGGCGUUGUCACAAGGUAUAAGGCCAAAGCUUUUCCCGUUCCUGUCGUUUUUGCAGGCAAUCUGAUCUACCGCUUUCACCGUGCCACUGCCCCAUCCCUCAUCAAGCAUUUCCGUGACUGCAUCAAGGGUGCCCCACGGGAGCUUUAUGCAAACGUUCUCCUCACAGCUGGACCUGCAGGCCAGGACUCCCUAGUCGUUAUCCAGAUGUGCUAUGUUGGGCCAAAGGAAAAAGGACAGGAGUACUUAUCAGCGAUAUCCUCGUGGAAUGGAGAGACUUGCUUAUUAAAUGAAGUUGACGAGAAGUCAUUCUUACAUCAGCAAGAUAGUGUUGCUCAGGUUCUCCGCGGAAAAGCUGGAAAUAAAUGGUUCAUUCGAUCCGCCUUGAUCAACUCUCUUCCGGACGAAAUCAUCCACAAAACCGUCAUUCAAUUCUCUGACACGCCCGUCGGUUGCACAUGGUUAUUCGAGUUGGCAGGAGGUGCAAUUGCAGACUUCGAGGAUGGUUGUAUUCCGAAGGCUCAGCGCGAGGCAUCAUUCACUAUUGCUGCGCUGCAUCAAUGGGAUAUGAGCUUUAAUGAUCCUAAAUGUGUUCAUUCUGCGGAAGAGUGGAUCGCAGAAACGCUGGCACCAGUGACUGUAGGCGGUCCGUUCCCGAGUUUCUUGGGCCGUUUAGAGCCUCCUGGCCGUAUCAUCGGAUGUUAUGGCACUAACUGGUCCCGUCUCGUUGAAAUUAAGCAGAAAUAUGACCCUCAGAAUGUUUUCAAAAAUUCCUUGUGGCCUAUGAAUGCUGCAGGGGAAAUUAUAGAUUCUGAGGAGCAUGAGCCGAAUCACACCCCUUACUGAUGAAUAUGUAUCUGGGUCGUUCCAUCUGUUGUCAUGCUCAUGUACGCUAUUUCUUGGUUAUUAAAUGCAGCCAGACUUGAAUACUACUGGAAUUCAUUGCACGUUGCUGU